UUUGUCAUAAAUGAAAUUGAAUGCAAAUGUAAUUCAAGUAAAUAGUUAUUUUGUUAGUGAAAAUCAGAUCUAAAUAAUCUUCGUUCUUGGUGUCGCUACUAAAAGUAAUAUUGUAAAAUGUGGCACGAAGCUCGUAAGCAGGAAAGAUUGAUCCGGGGUUUGAUUGUGGAUUACCAACGUAGAGCGGAGCGGCGUAAAGAUUUCUAUGAAAAAAUUAAAGCUGAACCUACUCAGUUUCUUCAACUUCAUGGGCGUCCGUGUAAAAUACAUUUGGAUCCUGCUAUUGCUGCAGCGGGGGAGGGGCCUGCUAUAAUGAUGCCAUGGCAAGGUGAUGGCAGUAAUAUGAUAGACCGAUUUGAUGUAAGAGCUCACUUGGACCACAUACCAGAAGUAAAAAUUCCAGACAUACCACCAGAUGAACUUGAACAAGAAGAAAGGCAAUGCAACUAUGAAAGAUAUAGAAUUCUUGCACAAAAUGCAUUCUUAGGAAUAAGUGAAGACAAAUUCUUACAACAAUUAGCCAUAGAAGAACAAUUUGGUGUCACCAUUGAUGAGAAAGAGAUGCAAAAAGAAAAAUUAGGUGAAAAGAAAGGGAUGGGUGCUGCUAUAGCCUACAAUUAUAGUGACCCAGGAGCAGAACCAUCUAGUUCCAAUGGCCCUGAGAUAAAACAAGCGGAAGCUAAAGAUUCCGAUGAUGAAUCAGAUUUGGAAAUUAUCGAUGUUGAUUUGAGCAUUGAUGUCAACAAGAUGGAACCCUCACAGGCACACGAGUUGAAUUCAGUGGGUCCACUGUUUGGUAUGGCGGGAUGUGAUCUGUUCUCAUUCCUCACCGGAGAUGCGGAUGAUGCGGAACAUCAGAAACAACUCUUAAGAGAGGAGAAAGAAAAAGCUAUGUAUUCUGGAAGGAAAAGCAGAAGGGAGAGACGAGCGCAUCGAGACAAGAAGUUGGCAACACGAGUAGUGUCUCCGCCGAGCUACGCGGCGCCGCGUCCUCGCGAGGUGGCGCGCGAGCCCUCGCGCUCCCCCUCCCGCUCCCCGUCGCGCUCCCCCUCGCCCGCUGACAACAUACAGUUCAUCACCUCAUUCGGUGGAGACGAUGAAGACAAACCACUACAGCCUCAGAAGCCGCUGUAUGUAGAUAAAUUGAAACAAAACCUAAAGAAGACGGAACUUUAUGCAGAGGUAGCGAGGAAACCGUCGAAAGCAAGUUCACCAUUAGCAGAGAAGUACCCGAGGCCGGUGCUGGGGCCGCGCGGACCAGAUGCGAGGUCUAAGACGAGAUCGCGAUCGAGAUCAUAUUCUCGAUCGCGAUCUCGAUCUCGCUCACGAUCUCGCCUCAGCUCUCGCUCAAAGUCAAGGUCUCGAUCGCGCUCCUACAGGAAGUCUCGCUCGAAAUCUACUUCCCCGAGUUCAAGAUCCACAUCAAGGUCACGCUCAAGGUCCUACAGCUCAUACAAAAGGUCGCGCUCAAGGUCGAAGUCCCGCACCUUUAGGAAUAAACGAUCCCGCAGCCCUACGAAUAAUAUGAACCGUAAUAAUUCGAGGUCGAUGUCAUAUGAAAGUAACGACAAAGGUGACAGUAAGCCAGUGGCGCGGUACUACGGGCGACGUAAAGAGGACAAGUCUUCCAGUGAACUCUCCGUUGACUCUGGAUCUAGUGAUUCCGAUGAUGACAAACAUAAAUCAACGGGCAAUAAGUCAAACACAAACCAGAAUCAGUUACGAUUGUCUGGAUGCAGCACCAAAGGCACGUCGCGUGAAACUCUUACAUUGAAAGAGAAAUUAAAACGGAAAAUGCAAGCUCAAUUAUCAAAGCAGUUGCGUGCUGACAAGCGCGCGGAGGCGGAGCGAGCGGAGCGCGAGAGCCGGCGGCAGGCGCGCCGCGACGAGGAGAUGCGCGACCUCGUCAUCAAGCUGCGCCGCAAGCAGCGCGAGAUCCGCCAUUUGCAGAACCGGCGCUCCAGCGACGACCGCUCCGACAGGAGUCGCAGCGGUUCCUCCUCCAGAGGAUCGCCAGAUGAAAAGAAACGAGAUCGCAGUAGGUCAAAAUCACAAUCACCAAAACCCAAACGGAUACCAGUUUGGGAAUCCGAAGAAGUUACACCACAAGCAUUUAAAGCAAGAGCACAAGAAAUCGGUGAUAAUUCCCACUUCCAGAGGAUACGAAGGAGAUAUCAAGAAAAUACGGAAGAAAAUCACAGACAAUAUGAUAGAAGAUACGAGGAAAAUAAAGUUAAUUACAACAGAUAUGAUAGGUAUAGAGAACAUGGACGGUCUGAAUUUAAUCGUUUUGAAAAUAAUGAUAAUAGAUGGGAAGAUAAAGGUUAUGAAGAUAGAAGAAGACCUUUUAAUCCUCAGUUCAGAAAUUACAGAGAUCCGAAAUACCACGGCGAAGGAACUUCGCAAUGGCCGCCGCAGUACCAACAUGGCGACAGAGAAGCUUCUGGAAAUUAUUGUAAAAGUGAGAAAGAAAGCGCGGGAAGUUAUUGUAAAAAUAAAGUUAAGCUUGUAGAUUAUUGAAUAAGAGUUUUAAUGUAUUUUUAAUUUGUGGCAACUUAAGAAAAACAAUAUACUGUUUGUCCAUUUUAUUGAAGUCAAUCCUUGAGAUAAACGAUUUCAUUUUCUAUUUUUUUUUUUCAGAAUUAUUUAAAAUUCCCCUUUUGCAUAUGAUUACUAAGAACAAUAUUGAAAUUUGAGGCGUAUUUUGAAUUGUACACGAGAAAAAUAUGUAAUAUUAAUCAUAAUGUACUACUCUUCUUAAAAGUAGACUCAUUUCGUUAUAAUAAUAUUUCAAAUGAAUGUUUGUCUGAAUUUAUUCAGUGUAUGAUAGUUUAAAAUUGAAAUCUUUGCAUAUGAUUAGGUUAGAGAAACUGAAUUUCAAUAAAAAUCAUUAGUUGUAAAUAGCUUAGAAACUUAAAUUGUACACAAAAGUAAGUAAUAGUGAACUUUAUUAUUUUUAUUAUAAUUAAAUGAUAUUAAACC